CGUGUGGCAGCCAGGACGUGCCCCCUAAGGAUGUAAACAGAAACGCCACCAGACCCACCGCGUUACUACCACCUUCCGACAGGAUGGGUACGGGGUGGGCGGUGGCCGUGACAGUGGUGGGGUCUGUGGUCAUCGCGGGGCUGCUGGGGCUGCUGGCUAGACACUUGGGGCUGUGGACGUGGGCGGUGACGUGGGUGAAGGCGGCCACUGAGGAGAAGAUGCAUCUGUGUCGCUCUCAACGAACUACCAGUACCCGUAGUUACAUGUUCGAUAACGACCUGGACUGGAUCGGACUGUGGCCACGAACUGGGUCGUACAAACGCUUCACUAAUCUGGACGACCUAACAAGUGUACCUACCGUAGACGACCCCGCGGUACGACCUGUUGAGGAACCUGACCUGCCACCCCAGCCCCUACGACCUGCCCCAGCACCCCCACCUAGGAUGGGAGGCUGGACGGAGAGUGGGGAUGGCUCACCCUCGCCCGCCAGCAGUAGUGUGGGGUUCGGGGUAGAGACGCCCCCGGAACCCACCCGUCCAGCGCCCGUGUUGGACAGAAGGGAUUCAAACCGCUCCCUCACUGGUCGCAUCUCCCGUCGUGACUCUAGCAAGGAGCUGUUGGUCACCUCACAGCAGGGGAGCCCAAAGAGAGCCUCUACCAACCCCUUCAGGGCGUCCUGGGUCCCCCCUGAUGAGUCCUCGGAAGAAUCCUUCUUUCAGAAGCCCUUUGCAGGAAGUCAGCAAGCCCAUGGUUCUCCUGCACCCACGGUGAAUAACACCCAGAGUGAGCUGUCUGGCACGGUGAAUGGGCAGGACUUCCCAGCACCGGCAGUGUCCAGCAGCCCCUGGGACCCCCAGAUCCACGCUCGGCCCCGUGUGAUACACACCAAGGCUGUUCAGGGUCCAAUGGUCAACGGCAGCGAGGAGAGAGAGGUAGUGAGUGCUAAUCUUAUUGACAUUGUCACUCCUUCCCCACCUGCUGUUGGUGUUGGCACGACGCAGUACGACACUUCCUCCCCAGCUGCCCGAAGUGCUGGCACGACGCAGUACGACACUUCCUCCCCAGCUGCCCGAAGUGCUGGCACGACGCAGUACGACACUUCCUCCCCAGCUGCCCGAAGUGCUGGCACGACGCAGUACGACACUUCCUCCCCAGCUGCCCGAAGUGCUGGCACGACGCAGUACGACACUUCCUCCCCAGCUGCCCGAAGUGCUGGCACGACGCAGUACGACACUUCCUCCCAGCUGCCGAAGUGCUGGCACGACGCAGUACGACACUUCCUCCCAGCUGCCCGAAGUGCUGGCACGACGCAGUACGACACUUCCUCCCCAGCUGCCGAAGUGCUGGCACGACGCAGUACGACACUUCCUCCCCAGCUGCCCGAAGUGCUGGCACGACGCAGUACGACACUUCCUCCCAGCUGCCCGAAGUGCUGGCACGUUCCUCCCCAGCUGCCCGAAGUGCUGGCGACGCAGUACGACACUUCCUCCCCAGCUGCCCGAAGUGCUGGCACGACGCAGUACGACACUUCCUCCCCAGCUGCGAAGUGCUGGCACGACGCAGUACGACACUUCCUCCCCAGCUGCCCGAAGUGCUGGCACGACGCAGUACGAUACUUCUCCCCAGCUGCCCCAGUGCUGGCACGACGCAGUACGACACUUCCUCCCCAGCUGCCCCAAGUGCUGGCACGACGCAGUACGACACUUCCUCCCCAGCUGCCCAAGUGCUGGCACGACGCAGUACGACACUUUCUCCCCAGCUGCCCCAAGUGCUGGCACGACGCAGUACGACACUUCCUCCCCAGCUGCCCCAAGUGCUGGCACGACGCAGUACGACACUUCCUCCCCAGCUGCCCCAAGUGCUGGCACGACGCAGUACGACACUUCCUCCCCAGCUGCCCCAAGUGCUGGCACGACGCAGUACGACACUUUCUCCCCAGCUGCCCCAAGUGCUGGCACGACGCAGUACGACAAACUGUACGACAAUACUGCGCGCAAGAACGAUACAACUGUUGA